CGCUAUUAUAUGAUACACUUGCCUCCUGUGUAACUAGCUACCUGCUCUUCAUUAUAUCUGAUCUGAAGGUUAUUAAGACUGUAAUAUAUUUUAAAGAAACCCGGUGGUUUACUUCGUUGUUAACAUUACAUCUCUUAGAAAUAUCAUGGUUCUCACUUGUUUUUUCAACAAACUUACGUGAUAAAUUUCGGAUAGUGUUCGUGAUUAUGAUAAUCCUCUCGUUAAAAAGUGCCUGCGAUUACCUGUUUUAUGCGAUUUCUCUGCUUAAAAAUGUGGAUAAUAUGUUGUGUUGCCGAGCACAGGAAUGAAUUUUGACAUAAAGAGGUCUGAAACUGGGCAGUAGUCAUUGAAGUUAAAAUAAAGGAAAAGGUUAAUUAAGGAAUCAUGUCCUUUGGCCAGUUACAUGGAAAUAAAAAGCGAAAUACCACACUUCCAUCUCAUCCCAAACCUAUAGUGGAAUGCUUUCCUAAUUCAUAUCAACAGGCAGCUGCAGCACAGUGUACACGUAGUUUCCCAGCAAACAAACGCCUUAAAGGGCCUGAUGGGGAAGUGAUUUUAGCAGAUCCAUUUGGAGAGGAUGAUGAUUUCACCCAGGAUGACUUGGAGGAGAUUGACAUUCUUGCAUCCCAGGCAUAUACUGUGUUAGACAAUGUGACUGAGAAGAGUACUGAAACUGGUGUGCCAGGUGUGGCUUCAUGUGACAAAAGUGUUGGGCAGGAAACAGCCACUUUAAUGUUUUACAAGAGUUCAGACAGAAGUGCAACAGCUGAUCUGCAAAAUGCAACGAAUGCUGAAAAACCCAGGAGUUCUCCAUAUACUACUGCAAGUGAUGAUCUCAGGAGUUAUUGCACCAAGCUUGAACAAAAGGUGAAAGAAACUGAAGAGCAUGUAUUAAUGAAAAUGGGUGAAAUCAAAGUAUUGAGGGAUUCCUUGAGGCAGCUAGAGCAAGAGCAUGAUUUUCAGAAGAGAUCCCAGCUCCUGGUGGAGAAGGAAAAAAUGCAGUCACAAUAUGAGAAAGAAAAAGAGCUUCUGAAAAAGGUGCAGUCACUGCAGUCUGAGCUCCAGUUUAAAGAUGCUGAAAUGAAUGAACUGAAAUCUAAACUUCAGAACUGUGAACGAUGGACAAAAUCACUAUUACCAUCUACUUCAAAAAACAGUCCUAGGAGGAGUCCCAGCAGAGUCCUGCGAUCUGAAAGCUUGACAUCCAUUCAGGGCAUCUGCAGUCCUUUUCCCACAAAGGAGUCAUUUAAAUGUGUUGAAGCACACAUUAAGCCAACCCCAACAAAACCUCAGUCUACAUCUUCUGGCCCCACUGUCAGUCAAGAUUACAGGAAUAUCCUGCAUGUCGGAAGUUGUGAUAUGAAAUCAUUUAGUUCAUCUGUGUCAGCCCAAGAGCUUUCCUUUUAUAGACUACAUGAAGGUGUUGUUCUUCUGAGCAUUCUGCAUCAGCUUUCCCAGAGCACCAGCUCCUUUGAAAUUGGUCAUCUGCUCACCAGUACUCCUAAUUCCCCAUCAAAGCAUUUCUUCAAUGUAUCCUCUAUAACGACCAGGGAGGGGUCAGUAGGAAAUGAGAGCUGCCCUACUAUACCUCUGCACCUUGUUAAUCUGCAGAGUCUCGCUGUCUCUGGACUUCAUAUGCUCGCCCUUGAGCAGGGCAAGGCAACUUCUACAGAAGGUGCAGUCCAUGUGCUGCCAUUGCUUCAGUUUUAUAUUGACAUGUAUUAUGAAGCAUUGAAGCCAGGAAAAACCUGUGCAGAAAAAUCAUUUACAUCUUCAUCUACAUCCUUGGAAAGACAGGAAUGCUUUGCGUCAGAGGACUUCUUACUCAAACUAGAGAACUCUGUUGUUGCUGCACUGACAGUUCUGCUUCAGUUAGUUUCCCACAGCAAAGAUGUUUUACACUGUUUACUUUCCCUUGAGUCAAAGGAAGAAACUUUGGAAAAUAAUUUUAUAGCCAAGGAGUCCAAGGUAACCUCAGUCAAAAGGGCAAAGGAAGAGUCUCUUCACCCUUUAUUUGAAAGGCUUUUUGAAUUUGUUUCUUUCCCACCAAGCUCUGGCACAUUCAAGGAAUCCACGAUGCUUCUCAGCUUGAAUAUUUUAAAUACUUUAGCAGAAAAUGCCUCUCAAGAUCAACUUCUCAGAUUUAAAUAUUUUUUGAAAGGCCCUGCCAUGCUUCAUGUCCUGUCACAAGAUUCAUCGUGCCAUGUCGCUAGUUUGACUGUCAGACUCUUAACAGCAACAGUUGAUCAUGAAGAACUAGCCAAAGAGUUAUGCUUACAUGCAGACUUGUGCCCAUUAAUUGCACUGUAUACUUAUGCAGCUUCUAGACCAGAUAAGUCAGCACUGGAAAAAAGCUGGCUUCAGCUAGAGUUGGAGGUUGUGAAGCUAUUGAUGAAGCUAUGCACACAUAAUACAGCGACCUGCAACUCCUUGAUCCAGUCUUCCUGUCAAUGCAGUAGUGAGGUUGUAAAAACCAUCAUUGUGAUACUGCAUCGACAGUGGUUGGUCAUCAAGAUGCACGAGAGAACUUCACAAUUUCAUGAGGGAUUCUGGACAAGCCCCUGUAUACAAUUGAUCCGUCAAGGUCUAUUACUUCUUCACUACCUGUUUCAGAGAGACAAGAACUUCCCAGAUCACUGUUUGGAUGUGAUGCAUCUGUAUGACCAGUUCAUUCUUGGAGUCAGAGAUACUUUCAAUAAAAUUCCACAGCUGAUGGAUAGUGAAGAUAUGGCUUUAGAAGAAAUGUGUCCCCCUGACAUAGAAGAUAAAGAAAAAGAUCCAGGUCUCUGAGUUGCAGAAUGAUGUGGAUUUUAAAGAUGAACCUAGCAUUCUGACUGCCAUUCUCUUUCCUCACUUAGCAAGUGAAACAAAGAAAGCAUUGCAUUUUCAAAAGACUGCUGGCAUAUUCUUUGAUCUUCUGUUGAGUAGGAAAGAAGUGCAAUGCUUUUAUGUAGACAAUAAUAUGUCGUCUUAUAAAAUAUUUUGUUGAGAAUCCGAUCACGAUUCAGUGUGGUUGUAUUAUAAUCAAGCAUUUAUAACAAGAAUACUUCAGCAUAGUGAUACAUUUUGAUUAAUUCAGUUCUUUAAAACAUAUUAGAAUCCAGGGUCAUGGUUUUUAAUUCUGAAGAAGUAGUAAAAUGGUCUGGUGAGAUGAUUCACCAUUUAUCCAUUAUUGUGCAUUUAAUUAAGAACUUCAUAUGAAAGUAUGUGUCAGGGAAAAUAAAAAUGAAACCAGCAAUAAUUGUUUUAUAAAGAGGCAACCAAGUAGUUUUUGAAAAUGUGUUUAAUAAAAAAAAAGUAAUUAAAGUUCCAGGACACAACAUAUAUGUACAUACAGGAAGACCAGUUGCUAACAGACAAUACAAAUGCAAAAACAGUUUAGCCUGCUGAAAACAAAGGUGAAUACUGCCUGAAAAUCACUACAGCAAGAGACCAAGUAAAUAUACUGUGAACAUUUAACACCCUCUUUAAAGUACAGUGGAACCUCGAUUCACGAACGUCUCGGAACACGUAUAAAUCG